CUUUCUUAGGCUUGUGCAACUGCCUUUUAAUCUCAAGUCAUUUGCAACAUUCUGCAAAUCUGCUUCUUCACUCAAGUGUGAUUAUUCAAACUCAUCAUUUCCCACACUAGGUGUUCUGUGAAUUUUCUCUUCAGCAAUUACAUACUGCAGUAAUACAGUUAUGGCGGCUUUCCAGCCUUUCAGGAACAGUCACAUAAAGAAUAAAGCAUCUGUCCGAAAAAGCUUCAGUGAAGAUGUGUUCCAGUCUGUAAAGUCUUUAUUACAGAGUGAGAAGGAGCUAUGCAGUGUAUCAGGAGGAGAAUGUUUAAACCAGGAUGAACACGCCCAUUUGACUGAGGUUACAUUUCUGGGCUUUAAUGAAGAUACAGAUGCUGCUCAUAUACAGGAUCUAGCUGCAGUUUCACUGGAACUUCCAGACCUUCUGAAUUCGCUCCAUUUCUGCAGUCUAAGUGAAAAUGAAAUCAUUUGUAUGAAGGAUAUGAGUAAAUCAUCAGAUGUAAGCAGUAGUCCUCUAAAUCAGAGUCAUCAUUCUGGAAUGCUUUGUGUCAUGAGAGUGUCUCCUACAUUACCAGGACUCAGAAUUGAUUUUAUCUUUAGUCUCCUAAGUAAAUAUGCUGCUGGUAUAAGACAUACCUUGGACACACAAUUGCAUCAGAAGCACCACCUUGAGACCACUGAUGAAGAUGAUGAUGAUACGAACCAGUCUGUGUCUUCCAUAGAGGAUGACUUUGUCACUGCUUUUGAGCAGUUAGAGGAGGAGGAGAGUACAAAGCUAUAUAAUGAUGAAAUAAAUAUUGCUACACUAAGGAACCGCUGUGAUGCUGCCUCUCAGACUACUUCUGGUCUCCAUUUAGAAACCCAUGAUUUUAAAGUACUGGUCAGUUAUGGACCACAGAAGUCAUUGGCUAAGCCUUCAUCUUCAGUACAUGCUCUGGGACGCAAAGAAGCAUCUUCUGUGAAAACAUCAGUUACAACAUCAGUUUCAGAACCCUGGACCCAAAGGAGUCUCUACAGGUCACCCAGUGCUUCAGAUAAAGGCAGGGACACACAGGAGAUACUCUUUCCUUCUUCUCCUGCCCACUCCUCAGAGUCUGAGUGCUCAAGCCCAAGUCCUGUAAUUUUUUUGGAUGAAGAGGGAUACCAAAAAAGUUUAAAAGCAAAACUUGAACUGCCUGAAAUCCCUGUGACAAAAGAUGAUAUAGAGGAUUCAGACUCAGAAGUGAGUGAGUUUUUUGAUAGCUUUGAUCAGUUUGAUGAACUAGAGCAAACUUUAGAGACUUCUUGUCCAUUUAUGAAAGAUCCUGAUAUAGAGAAGUCAUUGCAGAAGAUUGGGCACAAACAUGAAAAAUCUUGUAUGAAUCCUCAGAAAUUCAAGUUUGAGCGUCCAGCUCUUCCAGCUAAUGUUAGAAAGCCAACUCCACGAAAACCCGAGUCUCCAUAUGGACACCUGUGUGAUGCUCCAGAUUCCCCUCGUCCAGUGAUGGCAUCAGAAGACAGUGGCUUGUUUAGCCCUAUUCGAGCCUCUGCUUUUAGUCCUCCUGGAAGCUGUACUCCUGCUGAAUGUUUUUGCCAAACAGAUAUUGGUAGAGAUAGGAGCUAUGAAAACCAGGAUCCUAUUUAUUGCACUUAUGAAGAUUAUGCAAAUAAUCUUUCACAUGAAGUACUAGGCUCAGUUCUUCAUACUCAGUGUGUAAAUGCAAUGUCUGAUACUAAUAGUAUUAAAAGGGGAGAAGAUUAUCCUGUCGCUUUUAAGCACGGGAACUCUGAUCAAAAAAGUAAAUAUAAAAACAAAUCUUCAGUGAUUACAGACAGCGUUCAGAAGUUUGCAGCAGAUCUUGUAGGAAGAAGUUUUGGCAAUGCAUUUAAAGACUUACAGAAAGGAGUUUCCUCAUGUACCAAUGCAUUGUGCCACUUUGCUGUCAAAUUGACAUCAUCUGUUUUUCAGAUGGCAUUUAACGAACUUAGAAGGCAGUGUGCAUUUUCACUGAAAGAACGAGCCAUUGGUAGCCUGGCAAGUCUUUUGGUUAGUGAAGCCUUAUCAAAUGCCUUGAAAGAUUUGCAGUACGUGAAAAAGCAGAUGUUUACAAACACAGUUGCUAGGUUUGCCGCGGACCUUGCAGAAGAGCUUGUUUUUGAAGGCAUCAUGGAAGUGUGUCAGUUUUCAUGUCCUCCAACACCUGCAUCAAAGUGUCCAUCAUUUGACUUUGAAGACAAAGUCGUGAAGUCAUAUGCCAAAGAUUUGUCUGAAUCUGUAAUACAAGAAGCAUUCAUAGAGCUGUCACAGACUGAUGUGACCUUCACAACAAAGGCAGCAGUUAAUGUUUCAAUGGGUAAUGUUAAUUAUGCGAGUGCAGAAAGUGGAGUGCUGCCUACACAGACCUUCACAUUUUCCUCAUCCUUCAGCAGUCAAGCAAUUAUGACAAAGCCAGUGCAGGAACAUAAGAAGGAAUAUACAGUGCAGCAGGCCUUGUUUUGUACUUCUGGAAUUGUCACUUCCAUACCAGUACCUUUGGCAGGUAGUGCUCUUCUCCCGUAUCAUAUUUCAUCUACUUUGUAUCAGUCUAGGUCUCAUCCAUCAUCUGAGCAUAGUAAAGCAAAUGAUGGUUCUACCCAAGAGCACAUCACCACAGAAAGCAGUGAAGAGGAAGUGGAUUGUCUCAGAGACAUUGUUCUACCAUCAGAACUCAAUCCAUGUAACCAGAAUGACUUCAAACCUACCAACGGUGAUACUGACAUACAGAGUCCUUCAAAAAUAACUAGUGGCUCUAUGAUUAUUAGCAACUUUUCGGCAGCAAUGGUACAUUCAAUAGUCAGUGAAACCUUAGAGUCCAUGACAACCUUCAAAACUACAAAAACUGUUGAUGCACAUUCAGAUUAUUUAACUAAAACAAAGGAAAAAGUCUGUCCUCCUUCCAUUUGUGACCAAGUAGCACCACAACAGAGCAAAGCUAGCAGUAAGGACAUGUUUGCUGAGCAGUUAUCUAAGUCAAUUAUUAAACAUUCCCUGGAUAAAAGCAAAUCAAUGCUUCCAAAUAUAGAUAACAAAACAGUUAGUACGGAACUUGUGCCUAUUCUUGGGGAAGAAUCUCAGUUGAUCUUGGAGGAAUCUCCCAAAUUUCUUGGCUUUACAGAUCACUUACCUCACUGUUCACUCUUGGCCGGAAAGCAUUGUGUUCCAGAAUGUAAAGAUUCUGUGGGGUUUGGAUUUUCUUUAGAGUCACUGCCACCUUGCUCAAUGAUGUCAAGUCAGAAAUCUGACUUGAAGGAACUUGUGAAGGAUAAACCAGUGAAAAGGCAUAAUUUGAAUAAUACUACACUUGAACCCUUGUCUUUUGGGCUGGAAAGCUCUUUCCGUCACUCACAUGCUUUAUCAUCUGCAGUGCUCACCUGUGUAGAUGGUUUGCAUGUAGAAGACAAACAGAAAAUCAGAGACAGAAAUGUAAUACCUGAUACUCCUCCAUCAACUCCUUUAGUACCAUCCCAGACUAGUUCUGAAUGGGACAUAAAAAAGUUAACCAAAAAGCUCAAGGGGGAGUUAGCCAAAGAAUUUGCACCUGCAACACCACCUUCUACACCUCACAACUCCUCUGCUGGCAGUUUGUCUGAGAAUGAACAAAAUCCUAUAGAAAAAGAAGAGUUCAUGUUGAAGCUUAUGCGAUCUCUUUCAGAAGAAGUUGACAGCAGUGAAGGUGAAGAGCACCCAGAAAUGGAUGUGAAGUCAGAGUGCUCAGGAAAGAAAGUACACUUUGCAGAAGCAUUAGCUACCCACAUCAUAUCUCUUGCAACUGAAAUGGCAGCCUCCCAGUUAGAUCAUGAAAUCACUCAAGAAUCCAAGGCUCAGAAUCCUCACUUGAAUGUGCAGAGUCAAAGAAGUGUGUUGUCUGCUUCUUUAAAUCAUUCUGAUGCAAACAUGCAGACAUGCAGUUUUGCAAGUGUUUUGGCAGCUGAUGUCAUUGCAGAGGCCGAGAAAAUUGCAAACGCUAGAAGUUGUAUGCUUUUCAGGCAGGAGAAGAGCAAUUGUCAUGUUGAUGUUGACCGUGAUAGAGCAGAAGAGAAGCUGGAUAUGGAGGAUGUUGCGUAUCCAAGAGAAAUAGACCCGUUUGUUCUUUCAUUACCAAGUUGUGUGCCAGGUCUGACAUACAGGUAUCCCAGUUGUGAAAGUGUGACUGAUGAGUAUGCAGGUCAUGUUAUCCAAGUGCUGAAACAGGAAGGUGGCAAUGGUGAACUACUCAUGGACCAGUAUGCCAGUAGACUGGCCUAUCGAUCUGUCAAGUCUGGAGUGCAAGAAGCAGCUAAGACAGUAAAAAGGAAGUGCAGUUCAAAAAUGUUCCCUUUGCACAGCUCUGAUGUGAAAAUAAGCAAGGAACUGUUGACCUCAAAUAAAGAGCAUUGUCAGGAAGUAGAUAAAAGACAAAGAAGAAGAAAUGGCAGCCAUCUUUGUAACUACCAACCUUGUGAAAGGACACGGGAUCCAUGUGGAAAUGAACUCUCUGAACUGCACAGCUUUUCAGCCUCUCUUGCUAGCAUCAUAACAAGAGAUGUUAAGAAACAGCUGACAGCACCUACAGUUGACUUGCCACAGCCCUCAACAGAUUCUUGUCUUCGUGAAAAAUCUGGAUGUAUUGACAAGGGUGAGGGUAUUAUUGAACCAGAAUUUUCAAAGUCUCAUCAGCCUUUACAAAACCAUGGAUUCUGCCAGAAUACAGGCACCUUAAGUGGACAUAGUCGUGGAGAGAAUGCUCAAGCUUUAGAACAGUAUGCUAGUAAAGUAGUGGAUGACACUUUAGAGCUAAGUUUAGGACCUACAGUUUUCCACAUUCCAGAGACCACAGCAUCAGCAGAUAGAAUCACUUAUGCCGAAAAAUUGUCACCACUCAUGAAUGGAACUUGUAGAUACUGUGACCUUAAGGAACGCCAUGGUUGUGCCAGAAGUCCCUCCCAGCCCCCUUUAAAACAGAGUGUAUGUGCUAGUGCUAAGCCAGGUUCACAUCCAAAACUUGGUAGUAUCCACCAGAAAUCGAGAAUUUUUCAUCUUGAUGUGCCUCAAAUUCAUGUUAAUCUUGAUAAAAGGGCAGUGCUUGCAGAGAAAAUAGUUGCUGAAGCUAUUGAAAAAGCAGAGAGAGAGCUGAGCAAUACCAGUCUGGCAGCCGAUAGUGGAAUUGGACAAGAUGGCAUUAGCUUUGCUGAGAGCCUUACCACAGAAAUCAUGACAUCAGCUGUGACAAAUGCUGAGCAUGUUGUUAGCAGUCCAAAAGAAAUAGAAGAUUUUCAGUCAACUGAAUCACUUGGCAGCCAGCAGCUGAAUCUGAGUGUUGGUGAGGACAGUACUGGUAGCUGGUCCAACUUAAGUUUUGAGGAUGACCAUCAAGAUGAAAGCAGCAGUUUUCAUCAUCUCAGUGAAAGCAGUAAUGGUAACAGCAGUAGCUGGAGCAGUCUUGGUUUAGAAGGAGAUUUGUAUGAGGACAAUUUAUCCUUUCCAACAUCAGACAGUGAUGAACCAGACGAUAGAGAUGACGAUCAAGAGGAUGGUGCGGAAGAUUUGCGACAAAAUGGGAAGACGCUGCUAAUUGUGAACAUUGACCUGGAGCCGGGAGCAGUAGAUCCUCAGCUAAGGGUUCUUCUUCAGUGGCUCGUGGCCUCUGAGGCUGAAGUUGAAGAACUUUAUUUCCAGGACUCUUCGAAGAAGGAGUUUAUAUUACUUUCAAAACAAUUAAAAGAGAAAGGAUGGAGAGUGGGAGAUGUCCUUCAGGCUGUCUUUAAAUACUACGAAGUGCUGGAAAAAACUUCAAGUGAGGGAAGAUGCAAGUCGUUGUUCGAUUGGCUUUUGGAAAAUGCCUAGAACAAACUCCAGACCAGUAUAUUUUAUUGUUUGUUUUAGGAAGUAAAGAAACCGAUGACUUAUGUUUAGGAUAAAACUCAAAUACAGAAUAUUAACAUUUUAAUUGAAUUGAGAGGAAAGUAAGAAGCCUUUUAAAUGCUUUCUGUCAUCACACUGUAUAUAGUUCAUACUUUUGUAAUCUUUCAAAAUAUUCUCUUUACUUAUUCUUCUAUACAUGUGUUUGUGUUAUGAUGCUAAGAAAUGUCUGUGAAGGAGAAUCUAACCCUGACGCUGGGGGCAUUGUCUGACAGCAUUUGUUUGGAUCCACAUAGUGCUGCUGCAAACAGGGCUGAGGCGGCUGGCCUGGCCCAAGUGAUGAUUUUGUUCCUUUGAAAACAAGUGGCAUCUGAUGAUAAGUCAUCUGACAUCAAGAAAGAAAAUGGAGGAUGAUAUUUUGUUGUUUGUUUAUUUCUGGAUAAGUUUGUAAUUUUUACUGUUUAUUCAAAUCAGUUUAAUUUCCAUAGUUCAGCUAUGGGUACUUCUAGGUUUCCCCAGACAUUUAAUUUGUUAGCAUACUCAUUAGUGAUUUAGGAUUCUGUGAACACCUAAAUGAGUAAGUGAGUUUCCCUAGCCUUCCAUCAAGUGAUGCUACUUGCUAAUGCUGCCAGUCAUUCUGGAAUGAGAAGGAGAAGUGGGUAGGGGAGAGGUGUGAGAGAGCACGUGUGCAAGAAUAAACUUUAACCUUCACACUAGUUUAUUAUCCUCUUUUACUUUAGUGUUUUCUUAGGUAGAAACCCACCAUUAACAUUAAAUAAAAUGUCUAAAUAUUGUGCAGUAAGAAUUUUGUCUUUUUGACUUAUUCCACAAAUGAAAAUUCAGGUUGUAAAACACAUUGGAAAUUUAAAAAUUAAUGUGGAAAUACACUCAAAGGAGCCUAAUAAUGAUUUUCAGUGUUUGGUUUUUGAAGACGAAACAAAACUUCCCACUUCCCCAGGGGUAACUUUCUUUUAGCGCAGUAGGUGCCCCUCCCCCAGUGAACUGGGCCUGACUGUGCGGUAAUGCUUCCUCACAUCAUCUUUGGCCUCCACAUUCCUUACUGUGUGGUUUUAGAAAUUGCAAGUUGAUGUGAGACGAUCCAGGAGGUUCUGUCUCAGUUGUGUCUAUGAUGUGUGUGCCAGUGUUGCACACAUUUCUUCCACUAAUGGAUUCUGGAAUCAAA